UCAAACCCGCUCCAUCCUCUGGCCACAAUGGGGGCCAGGACACCUUUGCCUUCUUUCUGGGUUUCUUUCUUUGCCGAGACAGGGAUUUUGUUCCCAGGAGGCAAUCCCUGGCCCAUGGGACCUCAGCAUUCAAAGCAACAACACAGGAAACCUGGGCCCCUGAAACGGGGCCACCGAGGAGAUCGGAGAACAACCAAGAGGAAGUACUGGAAGGAAGGAAGGGAGAUCGCUCGUGUCUUAGAUGAUGAGGGCAGAAACCUGAGGCAGCAGAAGCUUGAUCGGCAGCGGGCCCUGCUGGAGCAGAAGCAGAAGAAGAAGCGCCAGGAGCCCCUGAUGGUGCAGGCCAAUGCAGAUGGGCGGCCCCGGAGCCGGCGGGCCCGGCAGUCGGAGGAGCAAGCCCCCCUGGUGGAGUCCUACCUCAGCAGCAGUGGCAGCACCAGCUACCAAGUUCAAGAGGCCGACUCACUCGCCAGUGUGCAGCUGGGAGCCACACGCCCAACAGCACCAGCUUCAGCCAAGAGAACCAAGGCAGCAGCCACAGCAGGGGGCCAGGGUGGCGCCGCUAGGAAGGAGAAGAAGGGAAAGCACAAAGGCACCAGCGGGCCAGCAACACUGGCAGAAGACAAGUCUGAGGCCCAAGGCCCAGUGCAGAUCCUGACUGUGGGCCAGUCAGACCACGCCCAGGACGCAGGGGAGACGGCAGCUGGUGGAGGCGAACGGCCCAGUGGGCAGGAUCUCCGUGCCACGAUGCAGAGGAAGGGCAUCUCCAGCAGCAUGAGCUUUGAAGAGGAUGAGGAAGAUGAGGAGGAGAACAGCUCCAGCUCCUCCCAGCUAAAUAGUAACACCCGCCCCAGCUCUGCUACUAGCAGGAAGUCCGUCAGGGAGGCAGCCUCAGCCCCUAGCCCAACAGCUCCAGAGCAACCAGUGGAUGUCGAGGUCCAGGAUCUUGAGGAGUUUGCACUGAGGCCAGCCCCCCAGGGUAUCACCAUCAAAUGCCGCAUCACUCGGGACAAGAAAGGGAUGGACCGGGGCAUGUACCCCACUUACUUUCUGCACAUGGACCGUGAGGACGGGAAGAAGGUGUUCCUCCUGGCGGGAAGGAAGAGAAAGAAGAGUAAAACUUCCAAUUACCUCAUCUCUGUGGACCCAACAGACUUGUCUCGAGGAGGGGACAGCUACAUCGGGAAACUGCGGUCCAACUUGAUGGGCACCAAGUUCACUGUUUAUGACAAUGGAGUCAACCCUCAGAAGGCCUCAUCCUCCACUUUGGAAAGUGGAACCUUACGUCAGGAGCUGGCAGCUGUGUGCUAUGAGACAAACGUCUUAGGCUUCAAGGGGCCUCGGAAGAUGAGCGUGAUUGUUCCAGGCAUGAACAUGGUUCACGAGAGAGUCUCCAUCCGCCCCCGCAACGAGCAUGAGACACUGCUAGCACGCUGGCAGAAUAAGAACACGGAGAGUAUCAUCGAGCUGCAAAACAAGACACCUGUCUGGAAUGAUGACACACAGUCCUAUGUACUCAACUUCCAUGGGCGCGUCACACAGGCCUCUGUGAAGAACUUCCAGAUCAUCCAUGGCAAUGACCCGGACUACAUCGUGAUGCAGUUUGGCCGGGUAGCAGAGGAUGUGUUCACCAUGGAUUACAACUACCCGCUGUGUGCGCUGCAGGCCUUUGCCAUUGCCCUGUCCAGCUUCGACAGCAAGCUGGCGUGUGAGUAGAGGCCUCUUCGUGCCCUUUGGGGUUGCCCAGCCUGGAGCGGAGCUUGCCUGCCUGCCUGUGGAGACAGCCCUGCCUACCCUCUGUAUAUAGGCCUUCUGCCAGAUGAAGCUUUGGCCUUCAGUGGGCUCCCUGGCCCAGCCAGCCAGGAACUGGCUCCUUUGCCUCUACUGCUGAGGCAGGGGAGUAGUGGAGAGCGGGUGGGUGGGUGUGAAGGGA